AUGCCAUCUCGUAUUCGACGGCUUACCUACCCAAUUUAUUAUCCGGAGCAAAACAUCCCACAAUACGACGUGAUUCCUUAUACGCACCUGGAUGAGUUAUUUCUAGUGGGAGCCUCCAAGCCAGAGAUACCCGUUCCGGAUAUCCAAAACAUUACCAGGCUUCGUUUGCUUGUGACCACCCCCUGGCGCUCAUAUCCGGUGGAUACAUGCAAAGACUACGACGAGAUAACAGAUUGGCUCAUACACCUGCUACACAAAGCUCAGGGGGGGUGCUUAAAGGAGGUCCAAUUGGAGUAUGACCUGAUUGGCAUAUCUGGGAGUCCGGACAAGUGGGCAGAGCUCGAUGCAGUUUUAUCCAAGAUGGAAUUGAGCAAGGUUGAGCUCGUGUUCAGCGCAACCCCGGAGGAGUGGGACGGAGAAGGAGAAGAGAAAGCCGAGUGGUUGUCGUGGGAAGGCGAGCUGGAGGGAUUGACAUUCAAAGGUGCUGCGUUCUUUGAACAAGUUGAAAGGCGCGGGUUGUUGACAGUCUCCAGACGAUACCUAAGUUAAUUUUGUAUGUUUGCUACUAUCUAGACGCUGCUAUUGCGUUUUUGGACAUUGAAUCAGCU